AUGCUGGAUUUUUUCAUUCUAAUUUCAAGAGGUUUGAUUUUUAAAAACAAUUAUUUUUUAAUGAAAACUGAAUUUUUAUAGGAAAAAGAUUUGUUCGAUUAUUUGUUUGUCUACUUUUUUCACUUCUAUUUCUUUUAUUAUUUGCAUUAUUAGCGGGAUUAACAAUAUUCGAUAAUCAACAUAAUAAUAUAAUUCAUGAUUAUGUUGCUAGAAAUGAUGAUAUUAUUGUUUUAUCAACUACAUUUUUCGAGAAUUCUCAAAGUUUUCCUCCAAACACUGCUGUAAUUCUAUUUAAUUCAGUUCAAGUUUUUCAUCUCAAACAUUCAACUUUAAAUGUCAUCGCAGAAACUUUCGAUGGAAAUAAAGAAAUCAAAUUUGAGUAUGUUUCAAAAACUCGAAAAACAAGAAAAUUUUGAAUUUUUUUUAGAAUUCAUCCAGUGAUAAAUAAACUGCCAUUUUUCUGUAAAUGGGUUCCAUAUUUAGCAAUUGGUCAAGUUCCAGAAGAUCCAGUUCUUUUAAAAUUAUCAACAAAUGGAAAAGAUGGAAUGGAGGUAUUAGAAUAAGAAUGACAAAAUUCAAAAAAAUCUUGAAUAUUUUUAGUUAUCCCUUCGAAAUCCAUACCGUACUUCUCAUAAUGUUGUUGCUUGUUUUUCUCCAAUGUUUUUGAAUGAAAGAUGGCAACUUCUAUUAUCAACAGUUGAAGUUUAUUCGCAUUAUGGAGCAUUUUUACAUUUUUAUGUGCGAAGUAUGAUAACUGAUCUAUUCGAUUUAGUAAAAAGUAAUAAAAAUGUGAAAAUCAAUGCAUGGCCAAGUUUGAAAAUGGGAAAUUAUCGAGCUGCAAGUCCUACUUUCAAUCCAAAUACUGAAUUGGAAUUCAGAAAUCAAGCAUCAGCAAUGACUGAUUGUUUAUUAUUAUAUAAGGUUAGUUUGGAAUGUUUUUUGAUGAUUCGAAAGAAAAACAAAAAUAUUUCAGGAUUCUGCAAAAUUCAUAAUGUUCCCAGAUCCAGAUGAUUUCAUAAUUCCAACAUUGGGAAGAACAUAUAAAGAAGAAUUCAUAAAGGUAAAUAUUUUAAAGAUUUAGCAAAUGAGUAAAAGGGCAAUAAUAAAAUUUCAGAUGUUCGAAAUGUUUCCAACAGCUGGAGCAUUGGCUUUUAAUAUGACUCAAACAGAAAUUGAAAGUAGUAAGUUUUUGGAAACACUUUUGAGCAUUCUAUUAUUUCCUAGUUUUGAUCUACAUAUGAAAAAAAUCGAAACUUGUAACUAAAAAAUGAGACUUCACAGGUUAUGGAAGCUCGGGCCUGCACCAAAAAUUUUCCUAAUUUUCAAGAAAAAUGUGAUUGGAAAAUCCGGAAAAUAUUAAUGGUGAAAUUCAAUUUUUUAAAAUGUUCAGCAACAUCUCCAUUCCGAUAUUCUCCACUUUCUUUACUUUCUUCAAUAAAAUUCAAAGGAGAACAGCGAUGGGGAAAAUUAGUUGUUCGACCGGAAAAAGUUGACAGUGUUUGGAUUCAUAAAACAUAUGGAUUGAAAAAAGGAUAUGAACAGAAAACAGUUCCAAUUCAAUUAAAUUCAGCGCUUCACUUCAGAUUUUGGAAUUUCACUGAAAGACCAAAAAAUAGAAGUGCUCCAUUUUAUGAUCCAACUUUGAGUUUGCAAGAAAAUCGAACAGUUUUUAAAUUAUCAGAUGGAUUGAGAAUCGAGAAAAAAUUCAAGAAUCAUAUUCGAAAUAAUUAUCAAAUAUUUUCGAGACUUCCGUCGGUUUCACUUUAUUAUCCACUUAUUGAAUCAUGUUAUAAUCGAAUAUUUUAUGAGAAAACUAAUAUUGGAACUUGUAAAGGUAUGAGAAAACUCGAAAUUCGAAAGCUUUUACUAUUAUUUUUGCAGGUCCAGAAUACUGUAACAUUCCGCCUUUUAUCGGAUUACGGUGUACAAAUGUUGCUAGCGAAUUUGUAACCUACAAAAGUUACAAAAAUGUUUUCAUUCAUCAACUUGUUUCAGCGGAAUUCGAAGAAAGUGAAAAUGGAUGCACCUUAUGA